GAGCAUUCGUUUUUCGACAAUCGUGUGGGACGGUUUAAUAGAAAUUUGUUGGUUUCAUCGGAAGUCAUUUUUCGCUGCUUAAUUAACAAUAAAAUUUGAAGUAAAGAACAAACUUGUAUGUUCUUUUCGCAAUUUAUAAAUAAAUUUACAGAAAAAAUACAAUUUACAAUGCCACAGCUUCAAAAGCCAGCACCAUUCUUUAAAGGAACCGCUGUUGUCAAGGGUGCCUUUAAAGAAAUUUCAUUACAUGAUUACAGAGGAAAAUAUCUAGUUCUAUUCUUUUAUCCGUUGGAUUUCACCUUUGUCUGCCCAACGGAAAUCUGUGCAUUUUCCGAUCGUGCUGUUGAAUUCCGUAACAUCGGAUGUGAUGUAAUUGCUUGCUCUACCGACAGCCAUUUUACCCAUUUGGCUUGGAGUAAUAUUGCACGUCGUCAAGGUGGUCUAGGCGAAAUGGAUAUACCAUUAUUGGCUGAUAAAUCAAUGAAAAUUGCACGUGACUAUGGUGUUCUCGAUGAAGAAACUGGUAUUCCAUUCCGUGGUCUAUUCAUUAUUGAUCGUGAACAAAAUUUACGUCAAAUAACUAUGAACGAUUUACCCGUUGGACGUAGUGUUGAUGAAACUUUACGUUUAGUGCAAGCUUUCCAAUUUACCGAUGAACAUGGUGAGGUAUGCCCAGCUAACUGGAAACCUGGUCAUAAGACUAUGGUUGCUGAUCCAGCCAAAUCUAAAGAAUAUUUUGCUUCUGCGUCCUAAAUUCAACAAAUAUAUAUUUAAAUUCAAUCGAAAUGUAUUACUUCUCAACUCCGGUAGUUGUUAUAAAGAAAUAAUAAUAUAAGUUUAAAAUAUCGAAAUACAUUAUACACAUUUACAACCACACACUUAUACAUUUACACCAAUAAACACGCAAAUUAGAACUCGCAUAUCCUGUCAAAAUGAGGCAUAAAAAUUUUUAGUAGUACCAUACACCUUAGAGUUGAGUGUUUCUCUUAUAUACUCCUAAGCAAGAAAAAAAGAGGUUAUUUUAAAUGUUAUGUAUUAGAAUUAUUUGAAGUAAUUUUCGAAUGUAAAUAACUUCGAUAGCAUAAAGCUUAAAUUGUGUUUAAAAAGCAACUAAAACAUAUAUUUAAUAUAAUCAGGCUAUGCUAAAUUUCGUUUUAUAUUAAUAUGCAUAUGUAAAAUAAAAAAUGCUCAAAUAAAA